CAAAGCACCAGGGAUCAUGAAGCGGACGGCACCAUGGAGAGCGACUGCGGUGGCAGCGGUCGUCUUGGGCUCGCACACGGCCUGCGGGUGGAUACUUUCGACGCCUGCGAACUCGUUUGGAGCUUCUUCUUCGGUUCGGACGAUCGGCAGCAGCUUGGGUUCGUCUAGCGGCACGUGGACGUCUCGGGCCGCGCGUCGCUCUGUCUCGCGAGGGCGCUCCGAGAGUAGUGCUGCUCCGAACGGCCUCCGCAUGCAGGUGUGGUCCAAUCCACAAGCGGUCCAGGACUACAAAGACCUCCUGGACGGCAACGCUCCGGAGGACACUAUCGACCAGCCCUCCGUGAUCAUUGGCCGGGGAAAGCUGGGCACGGCGCUGGCUAGCAUGGGCAUGGGCGAAGACGUGGUUCUCGGCAGGGGGGAGGCCAUACCGGACUCGCUGCAGUGCUCAUCGGGGAGAGGCGAGGACGGCGAAACCUCAAUGCUGCAGAACUUCCCGAUCUACGUGUGCGUGCCGGAGGAAGAAGUUGCGGCGGUUAUCGACUCGUGCCCCGAUGACAAGAAAGAGGACCUAGUCUUCAUGUCUUCUGGCUGCCUGGAGCCCCUACUCAAGUCGAGAGGGAUGUGCCGAGGGGAGCAGACCCAGGCAACACUCUACUUCUCGGUAGACAAGCUAGGGGGCAGGGCGGUGGACGCGAUGACAGUCAUCGGCACCGACGGACGUGGGGAGCCCAAGCUAGCCGGCGAGACCGCGGUGUGCGGAAAGUGGAAGGGGGCUUUCGCGAUGCGGCUGCAGCGAUCGCCGUUCGGACUGCACUGCUCCACUGAGUACUACCUGGAAUGGAGACGGGUCAUGUUCGAGAAACUCAUCUUCGACUGCGCUGUGAACUUGGUUGGGGCGCUCCACAAGUUUCCGACCGUGGGCUACGUGGUUCAGUAUCACGCAGAAGAGUUGGUGGACAUGCUGUUCGAGCUCAAGAACACGCUUCGCAGCACCCUGGCAGUGUCGCUGAUGAACGGGUACCCUGAGCGGCUGAUCGCGUACGGUGACCAAGUGGGAGACAGGCAGACUACCCGCAUGGACGCGAGAACCUUCAAGUGGUACAACGAAUUCUUCUACGACAUUUCCAACACGGCGCUCAAGGCUAAGUUCGACGACCCCUGCCCCAUGCACACGGAGUACCUCAACUACGGCAAGGACAAGGGUAUUUUCACGUUCUAGACCCGCAAGGCUGCCGAAGAUUCCCUUGCUGGCGUUGGUUAUGGUAACGAGUUUGGGAGGAAGAGUCCGAAAUUGAGGGUUGUGCCGUGCCUGGACAUUCUGAAGCUUAUAUCUGGGUUGAUGUCGAUCCUUGACUCUGUCUAACGUCCAGGACAGGUACAUAGGUUUUGCUGUGUUGCUAAUGCAAGAAAUAUGAGUGAGGAUAUGCUAGACUACGCGCUUUCUCGAAGCGUAUGUUUCAUUACCACGUUCGCAGAAAUUUAUCUUUGCAGUGGGUCUCGGGGGUCUUCGUUUGAAUCAAGCGUUGGCGAGAGUUGUUCUUUGCGGUGGAGCUUCGAGUGUAUUUGCAGUGCGAGAGUUGGCACCACGGUGUUUACUUUUUUGAAAGUCUCUCAUUGUACUCAUGUGACACUCCCAUGCUGGCUUUGCAAUCCGUUUACAGAUUGUCGAAUGCGUAUGACCCUUUUCUCUUCUUGCUUUUUGCAUAAACCCACGUUGUACCUCUCGUAUCUAUGCGACACUGAAUGAAGUACGGUGGUAUGCACGGUGAUAUUUGAGGGAAGAGGAGGGAGACGAUAUAUUCAAUAAAUCGGUUGACGUGAAUGAGGCAAAAUAUAUACAAUAAGACGUUGUCUUCGCCG